AUGACUGUGCUCCACAGUUAUGCUUGCGUGUGGUGCUGAUGCGGGGACUCUCGCCGUGCACUCUCACCACUGUCCGCGUGCUCGUUCCCGCGUCCCUUGCGCGCGUCCCGGCCGCGUGCGUGGCGUGCUCCGGAUAGCAGGCAGCCGGGCGGCGUGUCGUGUCCGGGCCACACCGGUGAACCAAGCGCAGUAGAUGGUGUCAUUGUAUGCAGCAGAGUCGCUGAUUUCGUAAGCGCCGGUGACAGCGGCCAAAACGAGAUCGUGAAGCGAGGGAGGAGUGUAGUUUUCGGCAUGGGAAGGAGGGCUGGCAGAUGGAUUUAGAGAGUUCGCCGCAAAAAAUAUUCAUAAAAUAAGAUUGCAUUUCACCGUUCUAUUAACAGGCGCCUUAAUUGCAACUGGUGGGUGUUUUCUGGAGGAAGAUCCGGAGAUCGGAGCACCCAAACCUGGAAAAUGCUGUUUUCGGGAGGCUUGGCUGCAUCCUCCGCUCCUUGACUGAUAAACCCACAUCAAUCAGUUCAGUUUCUAGUUACAAAUGAGCGGAGGAGCGAAGCGCUGGGCGGGUGGGUUCGCUAAAACAGGAGUCCCUGCACCGGAUCCGGAGGAAUUAAGAGUCAUUUUCACAGCACUGAACGCCUCGAUCGGCGCUGAUUGCGGGAGCGAUGCUUUGAUGCAAAUUGCACGGCACCCCAGGGGAAGUUUUUUUCUCGGAUGGGCAGCGUUAAUGGAUUAGAGAGUUUUGUACCUCCGGUAAAGCUUCAUCCUGCGCGAUCUGGACGUUUUCCAGAAUGAUGUGCGAGGUGAUGCCCACCAUCAACGAGGGGGACGCCAUGAGCUCCCAGGGGGGCUCCCAGAACGGCUCGGACCCGGACGCCAAUUUUGAGCAGCUCAUGGUCAACAUGCUGGACGAGAGGGACAAGCUCUUGGAGUCGCUACGGGAGACCCAGGAGACCUUGAUCCAGUCGCAGACGAAGCUGCAGGACGCCCUGCACGAAAGGGACAUCCUUCAGAGGCAGAUCAACUCGGCUCUACCGCAGGAGUUCGCCACGCUGACCAAGGAGCUGAAUCUGUGCCGGGAGCAGCUGCUGGAGAAGGAGGAGGAGAUCUCGGAGCUGAAGGCGGAGAGGAACAACACGCGGGUGAGCCGGGCCGGCAGGCGUCGUCAGCAAGGCCCCAAGAAAAGAGCGUUGUUUCAAAUUGGUGCUUGAGGUUUGAGCUGUGAAGUGGUAGAUUUGACCCUGUAGAGCCAAAAACGAUGACCUGUACCAAUGUCUUAUAGUAACACCGGAGAACAGAUCAAGCUGACAGUAUCUGUUG